AUGUUAAAACCCCUACGAGAAGCUAUCAUCGCGCGCAUUGCCGCCUGUGCCCCCCGGGAGGAGGCAGAGGUCCUCAGCAACUAUUAUGCGCGUGUCAUAGACUACAACUGCACGGGGGGGAAGCUGCUGCGAGGGCUACUGACCGUCUAUGCCUCCCUUGCUGCUAGCCAAGAAGUUCAAUUCGUUCAGCCUUCUGAGUCCGCAGCAGCAGAUGCAGCACCAACAGCAGCAGCAGCUGCAGGACCGGCGCCUGCUGAUGCGCCUUCUGUCUUUCGUCUAGCAGCAGCACCAUCGGGUGCUGCAGGUGCUUCUCCCGCUGCUGCAGCAACCGAUGCUGCAGCGACAGCAGCAGGCCGAGCAGGCACAGCAGCUGGCGUAUCUGGUAUAGAGGCGCAUCCGUCCUCCAGUGCUGCUGCUGCUCCUGCUGCUUCUGCUGCUGCUGGAGCAGCAGCAAUUGAGGAGGCUUUCAAUUCCGGGGCCUGUGCAUUGGGGUGGGGGGUGGAGUUGCUGCAGGCAGCCUUUUUGGUUGCAGAUGACCAGAUGGAUGGCGCGUACACCCGAAGAGGCAAAGUCUGUUGGUACAGGCGAGAAGACGUGGGGCCAGCGAAUGCAAUUAACGAUGCUGUUUUCCUUAUAUUCGCCAUUCAUCAAGUGCUACGAGAGUUCCUCGGGGGCCAUCCAGCCUUCACUGCAUGCAGCAGCUUGCUGCAAGAUGUUGCAUUCAACACAGUCCUGGGGCAACACCUCGACAGCAACGGGGGAGUGCACACGUUGCUGCAGCCAUACCAGCAGAAGCAGCAGCAGCAGGAGCUGAUCCGGGUGCUGCGAGGAGGAACUGCAGCAGCAUCAGCCACUCUGCAGCAGCUAGCUGCAGCGGCGCGCAGCAGGCAGCAAGCAGCAGCAAGAUUAAAAACCAGCUACUAUUCUUUCUGGCUCCCCACAGCUUUGGGGCUUCGGUACAGCGGCGUGAGCGACCGGUCCCUCUUGGCGAUGGCCGAGGAGAUAUCUCUCUGCACGGGAGACUACUUUCAGGCGCAGGACGACUUCUUAGAUUGUUUCGGCUGCCCAGACGCCUUGGGGAAGUCCGGCACGGAUAUACGCGAAGGCAAAUGCAGCUGGCUACUUGCUGAGGCCCUCGCUGCUGCAACUCCUGCUGAAGCAGCUGAUCUGCUGGAGGCCUACGGCAGACCUGAGGGAGAGAAGACUGUCCGGGAGCUGUACGUACACCUCAAACUCCAAGAACGCUUCAAGGAUUACGAAAACGGCGCCUGCGAUAAGAUUUUAGAGGAAGCCUCAGCAGCAGAAGAAAAAGAAGCAGCGGCUGUGUCUCUUUCUUCUGCAGCAGCAGCUCCAGCUAAUGCAGAUGCAGCAACAGCAACAUCCGCUACAGCACCAGGUAAAGCAUAA